CAGGCCGCGGUACAGCGGCAACUCGCGCGCCAGGCACGCAGGCAGAACACCGAGCCCUCCACCCCGCCCACUUCUGUAGUCAGGACGUCGUUGUGGUGCACUGCCAGCUGGGGGGCACGGGAUAGGAGGUUGCCACUAAUCCAUGGUGGUGACGGUGGCUAUUUGUCCUAGAAAGAAUUUCCUUUCUAGACCUGAGAGUAAGAGCUCAUCGAUAUUUCUGGCAGCAGCUACAAUAUCCUAGACACCGGAGACCCUUAGAGGCUUCCCGGGGACUAGUCCGACUUAGGCCGGGAGUUGGUUCUUGGCAAUUGCACGCUCUCAGGGUCGCUGGGGCUUGGGACCGCCGGCCAGGGAGUUUUACUGAUUGCCCUACAAACUAGCGGGGAAGAGUUCACUCCAUCCUCGACGGGACUGGUUCUUUCGUUCUAAAAAGCUCUCGUUUCCUUGGGGAACAGAAUUGCUAGACGCAAUAGGUGCGUUGUCUUUAGUCUUCCCCGUUCCCUCUGCGGAUCGGAAGGGGUUAAACCUCAGGCUCCGGCGCCGUGGGAGAAGGUGAGGCUGGGAGGUCUGAGUUAUAAUUCAAUAUGUUUCCACUGAUGGAGGAGAACAAGCAUGUGGCUCAGCUGUUGUUCAGUACUGGUACUUGUCCAAGAUGUAUCUUCAGAUUCUGUAGUGUGGAUUUUCAUGCACCUUACAAACUUCCUUACAAGGAGUUGCUCAAUGAACUACAGAAAUUUCUGGAAACUGAAAAAGAUGAAUUAAUUUUGGAAGUUCCAAACCCACCUCCCAAGAAAAUUCGACUACAAGAACUAGAAGAUGGGAUUGAUGGGAUUGAUAAUCUGAGUCAAAAUGGAGAGGCAAGGGUCUCCGUUAUUGAAGAUGGAAGCAUUGCUUCCAAGAACUCAAAUUUAAAUGUAUGCAAUGUAUGUCUAGGAAUUCUUCAAGAAUUCUGUGAAAAAGAGUUCAUUAAAAAGGUGUGCCAGAAGGUUGAGGCCUCUGAGUUUGAAUUUACCAACUUGGUAUUUUCAGUCUCCUUCCCACCACAGCUAUCUGUAAGAGAGCAUGCUGCAUGGUUGCUGGUAAAACAGGAAAUGGGAAAGCAGAAUCUGUCACUGGGAAGAAAUGAUGUAGUUCAACUUAAGGAAGCCUACAAAUGGAUAACUCACCCCCUGUUUUCAGAGGAACUGGGUGUCCCCAUUGAUGGAAAGAGCUUGUUUGAAGUGAGUGUGGUCUUUGCUCACCCAGAAACAGUUGAGGAUUGCCACUUCCUACGUGCACUAUGCCCAGAUUGUUUCAAGCCAGCCAAAAACAAACAGUCAGUAUUCACUAGAAUGGCAGUUAUGAAAGCUUUGAAUAAGAUAAAAGAAGAGGAUUUCUGCAAGCAGUUUCCUUGUCCUCCAAAGUCACCAAAGGCUGUAUGCACUGUUCUUGAAAUUGAGUGUGCUCAUGGUGCUGUUUUUGUGGCUGGGAGAUACAAUAAAUAUGCGAGGGAUCUACCACAAACUCCAUGGAUAAUUGAUGGAGAAAGGAAACUGGAAUCUUCAGUGGAAGAAUUAAUUUCAGAUCAUCUUUUGACAGUAUUCAAAGCAGACAGUUUUAAUUUUUCAUCCUCUGGAAGAGAAGAUGUAGAUGUGAGAACAUUAGGAAAUGGAAGGCCCUUUGCAAUUGAGCUGGUGAAUCCUCAUAGAGUACAUUUCACUUCACAAGAAAUUAAGGAACUUCAGCAGAAAAUUAAUAACUCGUCUAACAAAAUCCAAGUCCGUGACUUGCAGCUUGUCACAAGAGAGGCAAUAGGACAUAUGAAAGAAGGUGAAGAAGAGAAGACCAAGUCCUACAGUGCCUUAAUAUGGACAAAUAAAGCAAUACAGAAGAAAGACAUUGAUUUUCUACAUGAUAUAAAGGACUUAAAGAUUGACCAGAAAACACCCCUACGGGUCCUUCACCGGAGGCCCCUGGCUGUGAGAACCCGCAUCAUUCACUCCAUGGAAACGCACUAUGUGGACGAGCAUCAUUUUCGCCUCUACCUGAAGACUCAAGCUGGAACCUACAUUAAAGAGUUUGUACAUGGAGACUUUGGGAGGACCAAGCCAAACAUUGGCUCUCUGAUGAAUGUGACUGCAGACAUUCUUGAACUGGAUGUUGAGUCUGUAGAUGUUGACUGGCCUCCUGCUUUGGAUGACUAGCUUUCAAAUUUGGAAACAGAGCAGGGUUUUUCGUGGCACGCUGUGGACAUCAAUUCAGCAUACACUGUAAAAUGGCUGUUUACUCACCAUUAACAGUGUCUUGGCAACUAUUUAGAUCAUGUUGAUCUAUGUAUUUUUUAAUUUCUUGUAAUAUCUCAGGAUCUAUAUAUCUAUAUUUAGUGCUAAUUUGUUCAAAGGAUGUCUUAUGAUUUUUAUUGUUCCCUCUCCAACCCCCCACAUGCCAAAGUAUGAAUGAAACCAUUCUCUAAAUUUUAGAGAGGUGUACAAACAGGACACAUUUUCUGAUAAUCUGAGAAACUGUAAUUUCUUUUAGCAAAGUUUCCCUGCACAAGAGACCUACCACCUUUAAAAUCGUGUUCUAAAAUUUUUUUAAUGAUCUUGAUAAGUUAUAUUUAGAUUUAUGCAGCACUGUAUCCUAUAGUAUUCUAAGAUAUAAAAUGCAAACCUGGCAUUAAUAUUUUUCCCAGUAAGCUUCAAGCAAACUAUUACAUAAGUAGUUUUUGGUGUGAUCUGUCAUAAAUCUUAAUGAAUUCAGGUUACUAUUUUGGCAAUCUAAAAUUGUCAAUGCAUUUCCUUCCUGGGGAGGGAAAGUAAAACCUUAGGUAAUGAGGCAUAUAACAUAGUUAAGAAACUUGCAUAAAUCUCUUAAAUAAGAGACAUGAGUGCCUUCAGUAACUUCAAUCCCAGGGAUAAGAUUCUAAAAAACUGACAUUUCUAGUCAAAAGAUAAACUGGUUUUAUUCCAAAGUGCUUCAAUAUAUUACCCAAUUUCAAACAUUUUGUUAAGUAGGUAGGGUAUUAUCAUCUCCAUUUUAUAAAUAUGAUAACCAAAGACUAGAAAUUAAGUGACUUAUCCAAAGUUUAGUUACUUCCAUAUGUAGGACUAGAACUCAGUUUUCCUGGUCUAUAGGGUCAUUUCCAAUAAACCUUAUUAUUGAGCACCUGCUGUGCAAAGGAGGCACCCAAGUAUGCAAUUUAAACUCACAUAACCAUGAGAACUGACUUUUGGAAAUUUAGAUACCAAAUCAAGGAACUUAACAAAAACCAGCCCAAGUAUAUUUCAUAUGAUCAUAUAUGAUUACCAUUUGCUGUGUAAGUUAAUCAUCAGUUAGUGCUAUGAGGAAAAACAUUAAGCAAAACUGAAAGAAAAAAGAUGUGUCAUUAAAUGUUUUAGACAGGAGUCUUAUUAAAAUUAAAUAUUUAAGUAAUUGCCAUUACCCUACAUCAACUAUCUAAGCUUAUUUUUAAAAACAUGUGACUUGGAUAGUAUUGGGUUAUUCAGUCUCCCAUCUCUUCAUUAAACAUACUUAUAGAUACUAAGAUGUAUUAGUCACUUUAGAAAACAGGAAGAGAUGCAUAAUAAGAUUUAAUUAUGCAAAUAAUACCAAAAACUUUUUUUCAGUAUUUUUCAAUGCCAGAAAAUGAGAAAGGGAUAAUAGAAAUAAAAUUGAAAAAAAGGUAAUAACUUUUGUGUGAAUGUUUCUCAGUUGCUGGGGAAAUUUUGUGAAAGAGAUCUACGUAAUUUGGGAGAGACAGUCUUCUGUGUGAUUCUUUUUUGGCUCAGCUUUGAAUUCAAUGUAUCUGCAAAAUGGAAGAACUAAGAACCUCAAUUUAAAACUUAAAUUAGAAGACUUUCAGUUCUUAAAUUCUGUUCCAAAGAUUAUGCAAAAUUUCAAGCAAAGAGUAAACAUUAGCUGUAAAUAUUUAUUCCAAAUGUUCAUAUAACUGUGAGAUACAGGUUGUUAAAAAUUAACAUAGGUCUUUGCUUUAGGCAGAACUGGGAACCUUAAGUAAUGAGAGUACUAUAGUUUCACUUUUGCCUAUAUAAAAUUUUUAAAAUUAGUUUUGUGAUCUAAUAUUUAUAGCUUUGUUUAAAUUUAAAAUAUUUUUAGUAACACUUAAAGGCCCUUUGUACUUCUUCUUAUCUCUCUGUCCCAAAUAUAGUCUGAGAUUUAGUGUAGAAAAAAAUCAACUCUGAAUACCUAGAAAAGCAAAAAAAGUUUGGUAAAAUGGAAAAUUUUCCAAGUAAGAUAAAUGAUUACAAGUUAUGCAAAGUAAAUUUAGAAGUUAAAUUUCCAUUUCCAAAGAGAAAAAUAUUCUACUUAGAUUUUGAGCUCUAUUCUUGAUUUUUGUCCACAUAAGAAAAUAAACUGUUUAUCUGAGUUGAUUUUUUGAAAUGGUACUUUUAUUAUAGAAAAAAUAUUACAUUUAUAAUAACAUUAAAAAUUUUUUCUCAUAGGAAAGUGCAAAGGAACUACAAAGAGCCGUUUUUUUCCUUGACCACUAAGCCAACAAUGUCCAUCACCCUAAAUACAUUAUCAUGGAAUUCCUUCUUCUACUUCACAGUAGUAUAACUAUUAACUCAGGGAAUUAACACUGAUAUUAUUGUUAUCCACAGAACCCACUCAAGUUUCACCAGUUAUCCCAAUAAAUUUCUUCACUGUCAAGGGAUCACACUUUGCAUUUAACUAUUGUCUCUUUUGUUUCCACCAAUCUGGGAACAGUUCAGCCUUCCAUACUUAACAUUUUUUGCAGAUUUCAGGCCAGUUGUUUUGUAGACGGUUUUUCCAUUUAGCUUUGCCUAAUAUUCUCUAUUAUUAGAUUCAAGUUGUACCUUUCUAGCAAGAAUACCGCAGGAGACGAUCAUCUUGCAUCUUAUCAGGUGUCACACAAUUUUGAUUUGUUCACUUACUGAUAACUGGGCGUUGAACAGUGAAUGAAGAUAGUGUCUGCCAAGCAUCUUUACUUUUAUCCUUUAAUUAGUAAGUAUCUUGUAGGGAGACCAUCAGACUUCCACUCACUAGUUUUAGCAUUUAUUUAAGAUUUCCACCUGAAUCAAUUAUUGUGUCCUUUUGACAUUCCCCAUCAUUCUUGGAGCAUGUUCUUACUUUCUAAUGCAAAAAGACACUCCAGGCUCAUCUUGUAUUUCAUCUACAUCUGUCCUGGAAUGGGCUAUUUCUCUAAUUAAACAACUGAUUGCUUUUAGUGGAAAAUGAUAUUCAGAAACCAAGAUCUGGGCACUAGGUAUGCUCAUUGCUACACACACACACAUACACACACACACACAGCUGUAUUCGUCUACAUACACUGAAAACUAUGAGUGUAUACCAGACCAGUACUUCCAAUUCCAACCUUAUUCUAGUUUUCUCCCUUUCCAUAUUUGUAGGUCCUUUCUGACAGUGAGAAAUCUGGUUCUCAUUAGCCUUAAUAUAUUUACUUAAUAGAUCAGUCCCCCACAUAAAUAACCCAUCUCCUAUUGCCACAUCCUUACUCCAGUUCACCAAGACUCCCCACUCCCCCUCUAUUACUCUCAAAUGUUUUCAGGAUCCACACUGAAAUUCCACACUAGGCCCCUUCACCACCUCCACCUCCUGUGGCAAUAUCUACCUGUAAGCAAAUGACUUUUGUCCUGAAUCAUUCAGGAAAGAAGACAAGCAGAAACUAAGUCAGGAAGGCAGAAAAUGAAAAUCUUUUAAAAAGAACAUUUCAGUACUCUACAAAAUUAUCAUUUCAAAGGACAGUUACAUAUGCAAGUAUAUUCAGCUACAGCAUUCUGAAAAAAUGCCUAAUGUUUCUAAGCAACCAGAACU